GAAAACGUUUAACGAGUAGCAAGUAAACGCACAUCAACCAUUUCUUCUCUCUUACUAUUAACUUUUCUUUAAUUACACAAUCACCCCCUAAAAUUCUACAAUUGUCAUAACUUCCCCUACCUUUUUGUUUUUACUCAGAGAAUGAACGAAUAUGCUUUAUCUCCCUCCGUAAUUGAUUGACAAAAACACAGAAAAAAGCAGACCUUUUUUGCACACAGAAAUACGGAGAGAGAAAGGAUAGAGAAUUAAUAAAGAGUAUUGCUAAAGCAAACAAAAAUAAAAUUCAAUUUCCUUUCUCUCCUCUAAUUUCUGUUGUACUUCUUGUUGCUUUUGUUGUACUUUUUGUUUCUUUUUCCUUUUCUCAAGAAAAUUUGGUGGGGUUGUGUUAUUUUUGUUGAAAAUUAUUGGGUUGUUGAGAUUUUUGUUUUUUUUUUUCGAAGAAAAUUUGUUGGGGUUGUGAGAUUUUGAUUGAAAUAUAUUGGAUUGUUGAAAUUUUUGGUAAAAAAUGGAGGGAGAAGUUGGAACAUGUUCAUCAUCAUUGAAAUGUGAAAUUGAAGGGAAAGGGAAAAUGGGUGGAAGUGGUGUUGUUGUUGUUAAUGUAUUGGAAUCUGCUAAAUUUCCUUUGUCAUUUUGGGAGAUUGGUGUAGCUGUUAGUGUUGUUUUGGGUUAUGUAAUGGGUCUUGGUUGUGUUUAUUUAACCAUGCCUGCUUCUGAUUAUAGCUUUCUUAAGCUUCCUAGAAAUCUUGAAGAUCUUCAAAUACUCAGGGAUCACCUGGAGAGCUAUACUAGCGACUAUACUGUGCAGGUCCUUGUGGGAUACUGUGUGGUCUACAUUUUUAUGCAGACAUUUAUGAUCCCAGGAACAGUUUUCAUGUCACUGCUUGCUGGAUCUCUCUUUGGAGUCUUCAGAGGUGUGGCACUGGUUGUGUUCACCGCUACUGCAGGUGCAUCAUCUUGCUAUUUCCUAUCCAAACUGAUUGGGCGGCCCCUUGUGUUCUCACUAUGGCCUGAUAAGUUAACUUUCUUCCGGGACCAGGUGGCUAGAAGGCGAACGCGGCUGCUAAACUACAUGCUUUUCUUGAGAGUUACACCCACUCUGCCAAACACAUUUAUCAAUGUCGCUUCACCAAUUGUGGAUGUCCCUUACCAUACAUUCUUCUUUGCAACUGUCAUUGGGAUCAUUCCAGCCGCUUAUGUCACUGUUAGGGCUGGAAUAACUCUUGGUGAAUUGCAGUCAGUGGGUGAUCUCUAUGACAUGCAUUCUAUAGCAACACUUUUCCUUAUCGGUCUUGUAACUGUUACGCCCACAUUGAUCGGAAACAAGAACUAAUUACAGAGUUCAGCAUCAGCAAAAAACAUUGUGAAGUGUCAUGAAUACCAUUAACCUUCCUCGGCAUGACUUCAUUAUCUGUACAUAUUAGCAUUAGGCAGGUUAUUUGUGCCAAGUCUCAGCCCGUGAAAGUUAUGCUGCUAUUGAAUUUGAUCCGGAAGCAUUUGUUUAGCUAGAAGUUGCAAAAGAAAGGAAAAAGAAUCUGAUGUCAUUUGAAAAUUUGUUUGUUAUGGUUAUGUAAUAGUAAACAUUUGACAUGCCAUUUGUAGACGUCGCCCUGGAUCCUAUAUUCAUUUCUUUCAACUGUUUUCUUAAUGUUCAGAUUCAAAUGUCUUUAGUGAAAACAAAUGACGCUUCAUCGUUAUGGACAAAUUUCGUUGUUGUUA